AUGAUUUUGUGAUUUUAGAAUGAAUUAAACUUUUAUUUUCAUGAAAUAUGUCAGAAAAUGAAUAAUGUAGUAAGAUCUCUAUUUUAUACACAAGUGUCAAAGUCUUGGAAACAAAAGGAUUUGGUGCCUGAAAAUAAGAACUGAAACAAAGACAGCCAAAUAUAGAUCUACAUACAUUGUUUCCAUGUUUCCGAAAAUGAACUUUGGGUCCAGUAUGGAGCGAUUAGAAGAGGUGACACUGGAAGACUGGAAUGAUAGACUCCAGCAGAUCCAUCCUACCAGGGCAGACAUGAACAAACUGGUGAUGAAUUACCUGGUCACAGAGGGAUUUAAGGAGGCUGCAGAUAAGUUCCAGAAGGAAUCUGGGGUGCAGCCAUUGGUAGACCUAGAACAGUUAGAUGAGCGAAUCAAAAUUCGGGAAGCCAUUCAGGAGGGCAAGAUACAGGACGCUAUCUCAUUGGUCAACAGUAUACAACCAGAGCUCCUGGACAAUGACAGAUACCUGUACUUUAGAUUACAGCAACAGCAAUUGAUUGAGCUGAUUAGAGAGAAGAAUGUGGAGGCAGCACUUGAGUUUGCUCAAACUCAGUUGGCUGAACGUGGAGAAGAAAACCCAGAAAUUUUGUCAGAGCUUGAGCGCACUCUUGCUCUGCUAGCAUUUGAAAACCCAGAGUCAUCUCCCUUUGGAGAACUUCUUCAUCCCUCACAAAGGCAAAAGGUGGCUAGUGAACUGAAUGCAGCAAUCCAGGAGUCAGACUCCACACCAAAGCUGGCUAAUCUCCUUAAACUCUUACUGUGGUCCCAGGAGGAGCUGGAUAAAAAGAAAGUAAAGUACCCCAGAAUGACUGACCUAGCCACUGGGGCACUCGAGGAACCCAAGUAAAGGGGUGGAUCCAAAGGAGAUGAAGAAUGGAUGUACAUAAUAAGACUAAUCAAUUCUGUGUUUACAAUAAGGUGGCAAGUAGUAAACACUAAACAUGUUUUCAAGUCCAUGUGUUCAGAUUUGAAAUGAUUAUCGAGAGUUGACUGGCCACUGUAUUUCUUAUCAAAGGGUUUAAAUUAUGCUUUAAUUCAUGUAUAAAAAUUCUGUGUAAUAUGGAUAUUACUGUAAAAUUAAUACACAUCUAUUAUUUUAUGCAGAGUAAACCAUGUGUUUCAUUUCUUUUCUGCUGAUAUGUAUGUCAUGAUGCCAGUUUUAAACAAUUUUUUUUUCAUUAA